AUGACCAAGACAUUUGACUUCACAACGACCUCUUCCUCUACGGAGGAGAGCGACCAUGAGGUUGCUCGAACGCUCCUCAUCGAGCUCUUGGCACAUCAGUUUUGUUAUCCUGUCCAAUGGAUCGACACUCAAGACUUUGUUCUGGGGCAACGCGACACCCAACGUUUGAUCGAGAUGGGCCCAGCGAAUACCCUAGCUAACAUGGCGAAGCGAACUAUCGCCCUAAAAUAUGCCUCCAAAGACACAGCUACCGAUCUAUCUCGUGAGCUACUCACCUUUCACCAAAACCUCGACGCCAUAUCAUACAACAAACAACAGCUUAUUGAGGUUGGGAAUAAUGCACCCUCAUCUCCAUCCGCUGGUACAACAAAGACAACUUCCUCUGAGGAAGCAGUCCCUCGCCCAUCUCAGAGCAUUAAUACCAUUCUUGAUAAUGUAACGGCAGCACAACCAACACAUCAUUCUGCUGAGAUUGAAGAUUCACCUCCCACGACAUUUGACAUCGUUGCUGCCAUAAUUGCUGUUGCCCUCAAGAAGCCUUUGAACAGCUCCAGCAUGACGCAGUCUAUCAAAAUCCUUUGUGCAGGCCGGUCGACCUUGCAGAAUGAGAUUCUUGGCGAUCUCGAUACAGAAUUUGGUUCAUUGCUGCCUGACAGCGCCGAAGAUAUGGCGUUGGAGGCGCUCUGCCAGGGUCUGCAGUCCAGGUACUCUGGAAAGCUGGGCAAAAAGUCAAACUCUCUCAUUGAUAGAAUGACAUCACAGAAGUUGCCUGCCUCUUUCCAAGCUUCCGUAGUGCGUAAGUAUUUAAAGCAAACUUGGGGGCUUGAAGCAGGUCGUCAGAAUAGUAUUCUCUUGAGGGCAGUCAACGAGCAACUGGAGAAUCGUUUGAAAGAAGACGAAGCAAAGGCCUUCUUCGAUAGCAUUGUUACGAAAUACUUGGAUCAGCACGGUCUUAAGCUCCCUGUCAAUGUGUCAGGGUCCUCUGCCACUAGUGGUGCUCCGGCAAUGAUUAGUACAGAAGCCCUCGAUCAUAUAGAAGGAAGGCAGAGAAUGGCCUGGGAAGAACAAGCCGCACUUUACACAAGACUUCUCGGUUUCAACAUGCACGAGUCCCGGGAUACCAUCAGCAACCUUGAACAGCGCAUACUUGAGUUGGAACAACAGAUCGACGGGUGGAUGGCAGAGCACGGGGAAGUGUAUUCUUCUGGUGUGCUACCCAUAUUUACACCGCUCAAGACCAGAGUCUUUGACUCUUGGUGGAACUGGGCCAUGCAAGAUCUCUUGCAAUUGGUUGCUCUAGCCACUAAGCCCGUCAGUCACGCCCAAGAUAAAGAUGACGAUGAAACUCUGGGUCAACUCAGUCAAAGGAUAGCCAACAGGACCCAUGAAAGGCUUCUCAAGGUCGUGCGAUAUCUGACCGGGACAACACAAGAUGCGCAGGUUGCUGCGGUGCUACGCGGCGUGCUCUCGCAAUGCGAAGCUCGAGUCAAUGCUCCUGCAUUGGUACGCUACCCAAGUGUCUCCUGGGCUCCAAGCACCGUGGUGGAGGCAAACGGAAAGAUUUCUUAUCGUCAGACUCGGCGACCUCUCGCCGCAUACGCUUCUACGGGCGAGCUUGACCUACGUCACCUCCAGCUUGGCCGGAAGAGGCCAGAUGGCUGGCAAUACCGAGAAGAGCUUUCAUCUACGCUGCGACAAGUACUCAUUGAAUCAAGAUACUUGGGGUUAUCACUGGCAGAGCAAACCGUUCUCGUCACGGGCGCCGGCCCAGGCUCAAUCGGUUGCGAGCUCGUGGGCCAGUUGCUGUCUGCAGGCGCCACUGUUGUGCUUACGAGCAGUUCCUACUCCCCGGCCAUCACAAAAUUCUUUCAGGACCUGUACGCCGCCCGUGGAGGAAAGAAAUCCAAGCUGAUCCUUGUUCCUUUCAACCAGGCGAGUGUCCGAGACUUAGCAGCGCUAGCCCAGUACAUAUAUGCUGAGGACGGACUGAACAUGGAUCUCGAUUUUGUGAUCCCAUUCGCAGCCAUAUCAGAGAACGGACGUUGUAUAUCUGAUAUUGACGCUAAAUCAGAGCUCGCUCAUCGCUUGAUGCUCACAAAUACCAUUCGUCUUCUGGGGCAUAUCAAACAGCAGAAGCAAAGCCGGGGCAUCAUCACACGGCCUGCCCAGGUAAUCGUUCCUCUCUCGCCAAAUCAUGGCAGUCUGGGCAACGAUGGUCUCUAUGCAGAGUCAAAACUCGGACUUGAGAGUCUUUUAAACAAAUUUCACUCAGAAGACUGGGCUCAAUACCUCCAGGUCUGCGGUGUCAUCAUUGGAUGGACCAGAGGGACAAGGCUGACAUCUGAUAUCGACACAGUAGCACAGGGGAUGGAGGAGCGUGGUAUUCGAACCUUCUCACAGGAUGAGAUGGCUUUCAACAUUCUAGCACUACUAAGUCCACCUAUCACUCAGCUGUGCAUGGACGAGCCGUUAGUUGCUGAUUUCAGUGGAGGCAUGGGUCGUUUCCCGGACAUCAAGGGUGUAACCAACGACAUCCGUGGUGCAAUUCAGCAACUCAGCGAAGAUCGGCGGGCCGUAGCCCAGGAUUUAGUAGACCACGAGGGCAAUUCGGGCACCAGGACGACCGACGAGCCGGUGCAGAUCAAUCCUGAGCUCCGCUUCCCUCCACUGCCAGAGUGGGAAAGUGAGAUUCAGCCUCUCGCUGCUCAGUUGGAAGGCAUGGUAGAUCUGGAUCGCGUCGUCGUCGUUGCUGGGUUUGGUGAGGUCGGACCUUUCGGCAGUUCGCGAGUCAGAUGGGACAUGGAAGUGAAUGGACGACUCUCUCCAGAGUCUUGCAUCGAGCUAGCCUGGGCCAUGGGCUUGAUCAAGGCCCAUUCGGGUGUAAUAGACGGGCAGCUCUUCUCGGGCUGGUUGGAUAAAGAGACUGGGAAACCCAUUGCAGACACAGCAAUCCGAGAAAAAUACGAAAACUUCAUGCUGGAGCACGCUGGCAUCCGUUUCAUGGAGCAAGUGCGAGGUUCUCCUUCGUGGAGUGCUGCCGAAGCUCUUCAUGAGAUUGAGAUCACUAGAGAUCAUGAGCCUUUGGAGGUUAGCCGUGAAAUAGCACUGCAGCUCAAAAAGGCACAUGGAGAUAACAUCCAUCUGACGCCAAUAGAGCAAGAUGACAACCGCAUGAAAGUGGUGCUCACCAAGGGGGCCAAGAUCAUGAUUCCCAAGCUCAUCGCCACGCAGCACACCGUCGGCGGCCAGAUCCCCGUGGGCUGGGAUGCCCGAACAUACGGCGUCCCUCAAGAUGUCGUCAGCCAGGUGGACCGAGCGACUCUCUAUGCACUUGUAGCAGCCGCUGAAGCGCUGCAAUCUGCUGGUAUCGACGACGCAUUCGAUUUCUACAACUAUAUCCAUGUCGGUGACGUUGCAAAUUGCGUUGGGUCCGGACUUGGAGGCUCUCAUAGCUUCGGCAAUAUUUUAAAAGGACGCUAUAAGGAUGAACCAGUGUCUAAGGACGUGCUCUCAGAAGUUUUCAUCAACUCUGGUACCGCAUGGAUCAACAUGCUACUUUUAUCAGCAUCAGGGGCCAACCGAACGCCGGUUGGAGCGUGCGCUACAGCUAUGGAAUCCCUAGACACAGCCUGCGACCUGAUUCAAACAGGCAAAGCCAAAGUGUGCCUAGUAGGCGCAUUCGAUGAUAUGAUGAAAUCAAUAGCGGACGAAUUCGCCAAUCUACAGGCGACCAUUAACGUGGACCAAGAUUUGGCUGCAGGCCGCGAGCCCAAGGAGAUGAGCCGGCCAGCGACUUCAACCCGUGCAGGCUUUGUGGAGUCUGAAGGAGCGGGAAUCCAAGUGGUAACAUCUGCGAGCGUGGCCUUAAAAAUGGGCCUUCCGAUCCAUUGUAUCAUUGCAAUGAGCUUCAUGGCCAUGGACAAAGCCGGUCGCUCGAUCCCUGCGCCUGGACGUGGACUCUUGGGUGCUGCGAAACAGACACUAUCACCCAACGGAGGUUUGGACUCACCCUGGAUGAGCAUGGCAUUCCGUCGCCAGGCGCUCCAAAAUCGACUGAAGCGGAUUCAGGAGAUGCGCAAGCUUCAUGUUGACUGCCUUGACCAGGAGCUGGCCGAUAUGGCUGCCUUGUCUGACACACCACAGUCAGUCACUGAGGAGCACCGAACACGACGACUCGCAGAUAUCGAACUUGACGCUGAGCGUGAUCGCUGCGAGGCACGCAAUCGGUACGGCAAUCGAUUCUGGACACACGAUGAACGCAUCUCACCAAUCCGCGGCGCCCUCGCUGUAUGGGGUCUGACCGUGGAUGACCUAGAUGUCACAUCCUUCCACGGCACGUCCACAAAGGCCAAUGAAAAGAAUGAGGCCGGGCUGGUCAAUGCACAGCUGCGGCACCUCGGUCGCAAGGAGGGCAAUAUCAUCCCUGUCGUGUUCCAGAAAUCCUUGACCGGGCACCCGAAAGGACCAGCAGGUGCAUGGAUGUUGAAUGGGUGCAUUCAGAUGAUGCAUGACGGACGCAUUCCCGGCAAUCGGAAUGGUGACAACAUAGACAGCGAGCUGCAACAGUGCGAAUACCUCAUUUUCCCCAACAAGACAUUAAGCAAGCCUAACAUGAAGGCGUUUGCUCUGCAAUUGUUUGGCUUUGGACAGAAAGGCGGUAUGGCCAUUGGAGUUCAUCCGCGAUAUCUCUACGCCACGAUACAGCGAAGCGAGUUUGAAGCGUACAGCAAAAAGGUGCGCCAGCGAGAGCGAAAAGCCACGCGCCGAUUUCACCAUGGCAUCUUUACCAACAGCAUAUUCCGCGCCAAACAGGCUCCGCCUUACGCGCCAGACCAAGAGAUGAAUGUCCUUCUUAAUCCGACAUAUCGAACGAGUCUCGGGUAG